GGGAAGGACCACAUAUGGUCACUUCGAGAUGGGAUUACGCGGACACAUUCGCAAUGACGAACAAUGAGAGGCGCGUGAACGUCAGCGAGCUCCAGAAAUGGAUACAGCGAGACAAGCCAACGAUGACGCCUGCACCAAGUAGAUCAAGCCGACUUCAGUCGCACGUAUUUGACGGGGGGACGAGUGUGGUGAGAGCAGGCCGUGAGAAAAUAUGAGCAAGGCUGAUUCAACAACCAAUCACAGCAAAGUUAACGUGGCAAAAUAUGAUUCGCAGAUAGAGAACUCUAUUUGUCGAGGAAUCCCGAAACAACCAAUCAGAAGCCUGCGUUUGUCUGCCUAACUUCUGAUAAACAACCAAUCAGAUGACUGCACUUGUCUACUUGCAUAAGCUAUAAUAAUGUAUGUGAAAUAUGUAUAAAUACGUGUUGAAUUUCAUAAUAAAAGGAUCUGUUACCUGGCCCUUGUCUUCUGUUGUUACAUUUGGUGUCGCUGCCUACCGACAAAUGGAAAGCCUAUGCCUUGCUGUUUUUGAUGGAGACAUAUGGAUCUUCGGGCAGGACUUCAAGGCUUCUGCGCAGUUGAGUGGCGUUCAAGAUCUGUCAACGAUGGAGCUGCUACUUGGGACGCUGCUAGGAGGUCGGGUGAAAGCAGCAUAUGAAAGUGUGAGACGAAAUACUGACGAAUGUUCGACAGGGUCAGGCAAACAGUUUCCAAAGUGGGAAGGACCACAUAUGGUCACUUCGAGAUGGGAUUACGCGGACACAUUCGCAAUGACGAACAAUGAGAGGCGCGUGAACGUCAGCGAGCUCCAGAAAUGGAUACAGCGAGACAAGCCAACGAUGACGCCUGCACCAAGUAGAUCAAGCCGACUUCAGUCGCACGUAUUUGACGGGGGGACGAGUGUGGUGAGAGCAGGCCGUGAGAAAAUAUGAGCAAGGCUGAUUCAACAACCAAUCACAGCAAAGUUAACGUGGCAAAAUAUGAUUCGCAGAUAGAGAACUCUAUUUGUCGAGGAAUCCCGAAACAACCAAUCAGAAGCCUGCGUUUGUCUGCCUAACUUCUGAUAAACAACCAAUCAGAUGACUGCACUUGUCUACUUGCAUAAGCUAUAAUAAUGUAUGUGAAAUAUGUAUAAAUACGUGUUGAAUUUCAUAAUAAAAGGAUCUGUUACCUGGCCCUUGUCUUCUGUUGUUACAUUUGGUGUCGCUGCCUACCGACAAAUGGAAAGCCUA